AUCUAAAAUGCUAAUCAAAUCUGAACUGAAUUACACUCCGUUCAUAAACUCUGUAAAAGAAAAAAAAAGUCUGCAAAAGUUUAUUCUUUGUAUGAAUAUGCAAAAAGUAACCUUUGUAGGCAUUCAGAUGAACAGCAAUAUAGAAACUUGUCAAGCUUGAAUUUUGAAAAAAAAAAAUAAAAAUAAAAUAAAUAAACCUUAUAUUCUUAACACUGAAAGAACACUUGUUUCUCAAUAUUCCACAUGCACCAUCAGGUGCAGAGGGAGGAGCUUUGCCCGGGCCAGCAUUCAUACAAGAACCGCCACUGUUUGUUUUCUAGUCCAUUUCUCCUCCGAAUGCGUUUCGAUCUGCUGCCAUCAUAACUAAUACAAAUUAAUGCAACGUAUUUGAAAGCCACUCCUCUUUCUUCCAACAUUUCCCUCUACAGACCAGAUCAUCCCAAACGGGACAUCGGAUAUCUACUUCUCGUUUGUCCAGCGACGGCUCAGAUUUCCUGUUUUCGAGAGGAGUGACCUCCGAAUUGCCCAAUCAUCAAAAUCUCGGAGCAGUGACUCAGUAGCUUACUGUUCGGUUCGGGUGUGCGGGUGGUCUCCUCCUCCACAGUGAGACCGGAGCUUUUCGUUGCAUUGCGCUGUGUACCUUUAAAAGGUUAAAUUCUUCGGUCUGUGAGCGCUGGGUUGUGUCUCCACUCGACUUGGCAAACCCACUCGGCUCAGCUGUGAGUGUGUGCGUGUGUGAGUGAAUGAAUCAGCAGCUCGCAGCGGCAGCAGCUCCUACUCGGCUCUCUAUCAAGAAGAGCAGCGCCAGCUCUCCGCGGAUUUAACCAAACACGUAUUCUCGCCUAGACGCGCGAGGGACAGAGGCAAACCCCUGCAGGUGACAAACAUCUCUCGGAGACCCCGUGCUGCAGCGUCCACAGGCCCCGGGCGGAGAGCAGAGGAGACCACAGGCUCCCGCAGCUUCGCAUCCCUUCUCUUCCCGGUUCUCCGGGAGGAUUUUUACCGCUCUUCAUCGUUCUAAUUCGGAUUCGUGUGUCUCCGUCAGACUGACUCGUGUUGGAUUCAACUGAAACACAUCUGAACUACUGACUGAUGAUUUAGAAAGAAAAGAAAAGAAAAGAAAAAAUAACAGCGGCGACAUUUCCGGGAUUCUGGUCUGGGUCUGAUGCUCGGAGUGUCUGCAGCUCUCCUGACUCUCCAUGGUGAAGUGGGCUGAGUCUGAUGUCAGCCCCACCUCUUGUUGACCCCCCCGCCAUGCCCACCAUGGUUUCCAGGCUGCCGAAGUUCGGCUUCCGGCCCCGGUCCCAGACGGCUCCUGCAGCGGCGGCUCCGCCUGGCGGAGCUGCGGCCGCCACGGGCAGAACUCGCCUCACCAAUGGAUUCUACCACCACCCCGGACCGGCGGGCAUCUCCGUGCCCCCGUCUUCUGCAAAGCAGAACGGAUUCAUCCGAGUGCCGUGUUCGUUUUCCGCAAAGUGGAGGAAGGAAAACGCAGCUGACGGUGACGAGAUAAUGGACGGAGAGGCUGAGUGCAAGAGAGGGAAAGAUGGGAACGUCGUCCAGAAUCGCAGCAACUCCCAGCUGUAUUUCUACCAGCACGACGCCAGAAAACACACCACAUCCACCGCAGCAAAAGGGCGUGGCCAGCUUACAUCAUACUCCUCAUCAUCAUCAUCCCCGUCUCCACAGUCCAGCCCCAGACCUCUUCCUGUUUCUAAAAAUGGAUCACGAGGUUCCAAACUGACUCCAAACUCUUCUGUACUGUCCAAGCAGAGCGUAAAUACAUGUCCAGGAUCCAAAGCAGGGACAAAGGCGAUCGCUUCUCUGAGACCGCCUCAGAGUUUUGUCCGCCUGGGUACAAGGCCCAGUUCGGGCCCUGCGUCUCGAUCGGGUUCUCCGCUCCUUAAGAAGCCGGCAGCUAGCCGCUCCCAUUCCAGCGACAACCUGGGUUGCGCCGCUUCCGCGCGGCUGACUGAAAGCGACCGAUUCCGCUCCCGGAGCCUCACCCAGGUCCGACAGCAGGCCUCUCCCACCCUCACCCGGACCGCCGCCUCUCCCCACACAUCCCGCCCCUUCUCCACCAACAGGGCCGCCCAACGGGUUCCCCCUGCCUCCGCCUCACAGGCUCCUCCUAGAGGCACCUUGUUGAAAUCGCCUGUGAGCAGAGCCACUUCAGGCAGGGCAGUUGGCGGCGCCCCCUCCCAGCUGCCGCAGUCAGCCCUAAGGAAGCCCCUCUUACCGAGUCCGACCUCCAGGUCCAGCGGCAUCAGCUACAAGCUGUCCCGCCCGUCCCUCGUCAAGCAGUCCAGACCCCUUCGAGCAAAAGGAACCAACGUUUGCAGAAGUGAUCAGGAAGUAAACAGAGGACCAACGAGACGUAAGGACUCUGUGGAGACGCCUUCAUCUACCGAAAACAGUCCAGAAAACUCUCCAGAUGCUCCGGAGAUGGAGCAGCUUUCUGACGACCUUGCGUCCCAGGGAGUGGGAUCGAUUGUCGGUGAGACGCUUGAGGACAUGUCCCUGUCCUCCACUUCCUCCCUGGACAGGAAUGACAUCAGCCAGGAAUACAUGGAUGACUUUGACAACCUCGGAAACGGAGGAGUUGGCAUCUUACUGUUUUCAUCCAAAAACGAGGAGGAUGACUCGGGACUCGACCAGUCAUGCACCAGGCUGGAUGACGACAAGGACGCGAUUAGCACGGUCGCCAAGACAACAGGACUGUGCUUCCUGGAUGAUAGUCUGGACUGGACUUCCAUCAGAGGUGAUAAAGACGAGCACCGACUUAACCAACUUGCCCGUCGGAGAAAGUCAAGUCAGCCUGACUAUCAUGAACAGGGUGGCUCCUCUCUGGACCUGUCCCCCUCUGACAGCUGUGGCUCUGGGGGGACCUACAUGUGGGACGAGGAAGGUCUGGAGCCUCUGGGGGGCGUCACCACUACUGCUUCCAUCCACACCAACAGCAACACCACCCACCACAUCGGGAGCUUCGACUCGGACAUCAACAGCAUCGAUCUCUUAAACAACCUGGACUCUUGUGAUCUGGGUGACGAUGACCUCAUGCUGGACGUAGAUUUCCCAGAGGACUCCUCGCUGCAUAGCGAUGGAGAGGGGCUGUCCAGCAUGGCUCAGUGGAGAAGAAGACAGCUCUGUUGGGGAACGCAGGACAACGACAUGGAGAGUGAUAUCCAGUGCUACAAACUCUCUCAGGACCCUGAGACAAAGGAGGAUAAAAUCAGGUCGGCCUGUUGCUCUCCAGCUCCUCAGGCUCUGGGUCUGGAUGUGGAGGAACUCGCUGAGGACUGCUCUGCAGUCCGGUCACAGCUGGAGUUCCUGCAGAGGUUGCUGCUGCAGGAGGAGGAUUUGGACGACGACACUCUGACCACAGACACACUAAGUCCAGAAACAAACGACUUGUCUCACAGUUCAGACUCGCAGGUGGAGGCGCUCCUUCAGGAGGUGCAGCAGCUCCGGGAGGAACUGAGGAGCCGAGACCGGACCAUCGCACAGCUAACCAUGCAACUGACUGUUCCCACGCUGACCACCAGGUGUCGCUGUCAGGAGGCGUCUGGAAGGAUGGAGCAGCAAACGCAGACAAGUGUGACAAAGAGCGAGUGUGUGGCCUCGCAGACACCGUGGAGAGAACACACUUCACAGGUACUUCACUCCUCCCAUCAGGAAGACCAGGAACCACUGACAAACCAAGCGCCGCCUUCAGGUAACCCCGCCCACGCUGAAAUGCCUCCUGAUGGUCUCCCCCCAUCCUUUAAACCAAUCGCCGCCACCUGCACAACCCCAACAAGAGCGACGGACGAUGGAAACCCACAGAGGAAGCCGGGGAGGGAGGAAGAAGAGACGGAAAGGAGAGGGACCGGUUCCAGAUCCCUGAUGCCUCUGCACCCUUCCAAGCUCCGCCUUUUCCUGUCUCAUGCCGCCAACGGCUCCGCCCCGGCGUCCCCGAAGGCGAGGCCGUCGGAGCAGCUGUUGGAUCGUGUCAACUCUCCGGGGCUGAAGGCGAAAGCCUUCGGCUCCGGAUCGUCGCGUCUCCCCAAACCAAAGAGCUACUGAGGCGGCGAGCAAUCAAACACGCCGACUGAUUGACCGUACCCGUCCUGAAUCCUAAUAUUGAUAUUCUGAGCUCAGAUUAAACAAAAAAAGCACUACAUUAGGAAGACUGAUACCACCUGGAUCUCGGAAGACGUCACGGAUAAAAACUAUGGAUUUGUGCCUUUGAUUUGGAAGACGCCGUCGUCUCACUGCGGAUCGCUGGAACCGAACGUCAUUUAAAGUCUAACCUUAGAUGUUUCACAUGCUGCUGCUGCUGCUUACAUUUUAAUCUUUAUUGGUCCUCUGAUGAGUUUCAGACUGACUGCGCCCAGCCUCUGUGAGAGGAAAAGUGUUAGCGUUAAUUUAAAUGAAGUCUCCGACUUGAAACCCGGCCUUCUUUGCAUUCCAUCGAAAGCACUCACUGUAUCCCUGGAUAACACUGGAGUUCUUGAUCUGCAAACCGAUAUCUAAUAUCUUAAGUUCACCUUCAGCAACACACCCUCUCUGCUUUUUUAACCGCUGGUCCAGUUUUUUCUCCCUUUCCACAGCCACAGAAGAGACGGAACCCUUCUUCCUUCUGCCCGCUGUCUAUCAUCUCUUCGUUCAGACAACCUUGACAUGAGGAAAUACUUUUUCUUCUGAAGUUUUUGAGCCUCGAACUUUCUUCUUCUUCUUCUUCUUCUUGGUUAAAUCCCCAGCUUCUCACAGGGAAAACAUCCUUCCUAAAGGAAGAAUUUGGAUUUGUCUAGCUGUUGCUUUAAGUAAGAUCUUCUUCCAAACUAUUUGUUUAAGCUGCACUGCAAAAACACAAAAUCUUACCAAGUCUUUUUUCUUUGUAUGGUUUCUAGGGCAAAUCUCUUGGCUAUUUUUAAUUUCAAGUGUAUUAUCUUAAAAGUAACUUUUAAUAGCUUCUUUUUAAGUGUAUACUUAACGUUGAUGGAAAAAUACUACUUCCAUUGGCAGAUCUUCAAACUUAAAAAUGAGUGAAAAAAAUCUUCCAAUAGAACUAGUUUUUUUUUUUUUUAUUAAUAUCAAGGAAGUAUUGACUUAAAACAAGCUGCUGUCUUUCUGAAGGUCUUAUUUUAGCCGAGCUAAGAUAUUUGCACUAGAAACUGGACAAAAAUACUUGAUAUUUAAUGUUUUUUUUGCUGUGUGGAGAUAGUUUUUUUCUCUUUCGCUUUAGAACGCCAUUCUGGGAUCUUUUUCUCUCUCGCACUAUGGCCGUUCUGUGACAUUUCUAUUAAAGUAUUUGUUCUCAAUCCUUCUCCAAGCAAUGUUUGAUCCAAGCUCUGAACUGAAGGAUCUAAAUCCUUACAGGAGUUAUCUUAUGGUUAACAUUCAGCAGAGGAGCUGCCGUUUGUUUCACCAUCUUUUUUUUUUGUUCCUCAAACGAAUCCUGACAUUUGGGCCUCGUUUUGCCGUCCGAAACAGCUUUCAGCCGGAAUGUCACAUUUCCACGGCGCCCGAUCUGAAACCGGGACACGUUUCCAGAACCGUUCCUAACAUUUUGCUAAGUCGAGGAGUUAUUCACUCGCCUGGAUUCCUUCAGGAAGUUUGAACCCAGUGACAUUUUCGCUCCGCCGAUGCCUCAAACCCACCAGUAAGAUCCUGUGACAUCUGUAUCGGCGAAUAUCUGUCAGCUCUGCCUGCUUUCACAUUAAACGGCUCUGGAAUAAAAUAUGCAACACCGUUAGGAAAAAAAAAACAAACGGACACAGAAAUAUGCAAACUGGCUUCGCUUCAACGCAACGACUCUAAGUCACAGAUGCUGGUGAGUUUUCAGGAAAGCGAUGAUUUUUUUUAUAUACGACUGGAUGAUUCCAUCGUUUAGCUUAAAGCUUUAAUGAGAAAAAGAAAGUUUCUGGGUUUUUGACUGGUGGGAAUAAAUGAAACUAAUUAGAUGUCAUUCUCUGAGAUCAUAAACUCCUAAAAUCUGAUGCUUUUCAUUUUCUGUGGAAAAAAAGGUUUGUUUUAGUCAAAUUCUUUUUUUUGUUUGUUUGUUUGUUUUGUCUUUGACCUUUUAAACAUCCAGCUCACCACAGAAAAUACAAGUUUUUAAUGUUUUCUCUGAAAACUAAAAAGCUCUCCCUUUCAUAAAUACAGUAAAAGUUGAUAAAGAGUAAACUUUUCUCUAAAGAAUCUGAAAUCAGUGAAGGAUGAUUCUGUCGGGAGUGAAAUAAUUGAUCCCGAUGCCAAAAAAUAGCAUUAAUAAUAAAUAAAUGCAGGAGCCAUUGCAUCCAUAGAAUAAAUGCAAAAUAAUUUGGUUCUGUUUUAGAUUUUUAAGCAUGAGCGAGAAUCUUCAACUUGGAUUCCUAAUUUCAGCAUUUUUAUCAAAUAUAUUAAUAUUGCACUUAGGUUUACAAGAGUCUGUUUGAGUUAAUUUAGCUACGCAAAGCUAGCGCUGACUGUAGCACACCUGUUUUCAAAGACGGCUGUCGCAAAGCCAAAAAUAUUUUAAUUUUUAAGUACGUGAUAUAGAAAUUCAAACAAAACUCAGUCAGCAUGAAGAGCGAUCGACAGUUUGGAUCUCAUCCGGUCAAACUUUGUGUACGUUUCUACAGAAUGAAGAGAGGAUAAAUGUUUAAGUCAACUGCAUCUCUGAGUUUUAGCAUUGACAUCGACAUUGAAACCACCUCUAUUAUACAUAUGAUCGUGUUUUCAGAACAGGAAGCAUUGAUAAAACAAAAAGCUGGCGCGUUUUGUCAUAUUUCAUCAAACCAACAGAGAUCCAGUUGUGCGUUUUUUUAUUUUCUUCCUCUUGUCGUUUUGUUUCCAGGCUAAACACAGAUGUUUAUGGCGGAGUGCUCACCUGCCUCGUGACUCUCUGACCGCCUCUCUCGUCCUCCUCCCUCCCUCGCACCUCGCCCGCUGUAUUAGUAUUAUUAUUAUUUUUUUUCUUUUUAGUACCAGCUGUUAGUCCAGUAGUGGAACGGCAUCUUCUGCCCAGGUGUAGCAGUUAUGGCUUGUUGCCAUGGCAGCGCAGAUCCGCAGCAGCAUCCGUGUGGAAUUGCAGCACAUCCUCGUGUUUCUUUUGUUGUUCCCUGUUAAAUGAAUCAUCACACAUACACGGUUAAAACCCGCGGGUGUUUGGGCGGGUUGCUUAUUUUUUUUUUUUUCUCCCCAAAUUCCAUCUUCCACUGGAUUGGAAAAAUACACAUCAAAGUAAAUGCACACCAAAGUUUUUCAGUUCCAAAAUGUUUUGUCUGAUUUUUAUUUUAUUUUUUUCUUGAAAAUGCUAUAGAAAACAAGGAGAUCCUUGUUAAAAGUUUCUACAUUUCAUUCCACUUUCCGGGUGUUCAGGCUCCACCUGCGCCCUUCUGACCUUGGUACGCUUUGUCGUUAAAGCGGGGGAAGGUUCGGACAUGCGGCUGCUGCUAAUGAGUUCUUAUCUGAAGCUCAGAGAGCACAGGCAGGAUUUCGGGAGUGAUAAAAAAAAAAAAAAAAAAAAAAAAAAAACGCAAGCAGAUUAACAGUUUCUUAGCGAAGGCUUACACUGGAUUAGGCAGGUGAAUAUUCACACAAGCUGUGACGACUGAGAGCUGGAUUAAACCUGAAGGUCCUUUCAUCUUAGGGAGAUUCCUUCACGAUGAGGAGUUGCCUCAUCGGCGGUGUCCAGCCAAACACGGCCAAGCUGCUCGCCACCAACGCUCUGCUGUUUUUAAAAACGAUUUCAGCUUCUGUAAUUUAUUUAUUUAUUUAUUUAUCUAUUUUUUUUUUUUCCCUGAACUUUUUGGGAAAAGUCUGGAAAUUUGCGUGAGCGUGAACUCAGACAAUCAAACCUGACAAGGUAAACAUUUUGCACACAAACAUAAAGUAUUCGACCCUUGGAAAAACUGACGUCCUGAAUAUUUAGUCGUCCAACCAAUAAUUGAUUAACUCUUUUUCCUUUCCAUUGAAUCGACUUAGUGAAAUCAACCGUAACUUAUAAAAUCUUUUGUCAUUUGUCCUUUUUUUUAAAUGAUUUCUACAAUAAAAUGUUGAAAUCAUGGUGAUGUUGUUGGGUGUUGACAAUAACUGAACCUCCUGAGGGAAAAACGUCAGUUUCUUGUUGUUUUCCAUCUUGUCCCAAACUCUUCAACUCUCCUUAGUUUAUCCUCAACCAAUUUCACCGCUCUUUACUUGAAAAUGUUUUCUUUGCUUCAUCUUUUAUGGUUGUAAAUUGACUGAAGACUUUAUAUAUUAAGCUGAAUACAUUAAAUUUCUUUGUGUGGUACGAGUUUUAUUUUUGUUGUUUUUUUGGGGGGUUUUUUUUUUACCAGACACAUCUCUGAGCACCAACGUUUUGUGACGUAUGUCCUACAUAUUUGUCCCUAAUAAUUUAUUAAAACAAGUGUCUUGAUUUCAUCUCCGUUCGAAACCCAGACAUUUUGACAGCAAAACGUCAAAUCUUUUUUGUGUGUGUGUGUGAACUUUCACUAAAAAUGCUGCUGAUCAACAAACAUCCCAAGUGUAGAUAAACUGGCGAAACCUGGAAAUCGCUUCCUUGUCCCUCUUCCUCUGACAGCUUGGAAAUGUUUGUCUUUGUCCUGUUUUCACACUCUGGACAUCUCAAAUCAGAACCUGGGGUAGAUUUCACUCUUUAAUCUUCACAUUUUCCAAAUAAACUGGAGGAACUAAGAAAUAAAAGAAAUAAAAAGGCUCUCUGCCUGACGGAGUUCUCCGGAUGUGUCGGUGUUGUGCGGGUUUCUAGAAUAAGCUUACAUUGCAGGUGAACGCAUGUCUGUAUAUUUCACUGUAAAUUAUUAACGGAAGUUCAACAUGUUAAUGUGCGUUAUGUGUAUCCAUGAUAUUAACUGCAUUGUGUGUGUUUUUUGUUUUGUUUUCUGCUGUAAUCCCUCUGUGGGAAUGCUUUAGUUUGGAUAACUUGAAGGAAAAGCAUCCAGCCAUUUCAUGUCACUUUAUUUUUUUUUAUUUUUUUGGUGCAAUAUCUGCUGCAGUGUUUUUGCUUUUUGCUUUUGCUUCACUGUAAUAUUCAUUAUGUCUGAAUGAUGAGCUUGUAAAAAAUCUAAAAAAAAACAACUAAGAAAGCACUUUAUUUAACAUGAGGCAACACUGGACUUGUCCAAACUGCUCUAUUAUUUAACUUUGUGUGUUGUCAAAUAAAUACUGCGUUCAUGUCGCACAGUAAUAAUGAUUUCACUCUUGAACAUUUUUGUUUCAUUUUACUUUCAUUAUUUAAGCUUUACACCUGUAAUUCCAUAGCUGCGAAACAAGAUUACAGAUGAAGAUACAAAUAUCCACUUUUUUUUCAGUUUAUUUGUAUAAUUAUAGGUGAUUUGCUCAUUUUACUCUUGUCAGAGAUUAACUGAAAUUUGUUGAAAACUCAUUUUAAUGUAAAUCCAUAUAUUUAUUUCAGAUUAAUAAUAUUAAAACAGGCGACAUUUUCUAUUUAAACUGAGGCACGUGAUAAAUUUUGCACAGUUGUUUUGUCCUCGGUUUGUAAAGUCUGACUUGUUGAAGGUUAGUUUGGAACAGAGUCAAAGUGCUCAAACUUUGGGAGACUUUCGUUGGUCUUGAGUUUUUUUCUCUGGUUUCCCACUGGACCUGAAUGCAGCAUUAAAGCUUUCCUGUUGGUACUGCUGUUUGAAGCUUCGGUCAGACUCUGUGCCUCUGAACAGUUGUAGUUUAACACUCUGGGUACUAUGGAUGUUCUGUGAGUUUGCAAAUGUUCUCUGUUCACCGUAAACCAAAUCAAACACAAGUGAUAGUUUAAAAGAAAAAAGCUUGUAUUCCUGUUUUAUUUGGUCAUCUCACUCCUCUGCCUCUCAUCACUGAUUAUGGUUCUCUUCUGUCACUGGCUGAGGCGAUUUGAAUGCUGCUGAAAUAAAGACUCACAAAAAUCA